AUGUCUGACGAAGAAGACAACCCUGCCGCCAAGUUUCCUCGAGGAAAACGCUUUGGAGAAUGGGUUAUAAUCAAGAAAUUCGACGAAGGCGGCUUCGGACAAGUUUAUAAGGUUGAAAGCACAAAACAGAAAGGAAAAGUGGCUGCGUUGAAAGCCGAGCCAAACAGUAUCGAAGGAGGAUCGACCAUUAAGCUCGAGGUACCCAACUACUUCUAUGAACUGUACCCUUCAAACUUGCAAUGGAAAACUUCAAAGAGGGAGCUUCUGGGAAAGGACAUUCUCUAG